AUGGCCUCGCUACCUCUUAGAUGUGUCUUUGCUUUGGCUGUAGUGCAAGUGGUAUCAUCUUCUGGUGUGUUCGAGCUGAAAGUCCAUUCGUUCAACACUGCUCAACGCAUAUGCAGAAGGCAUAGGGACUGUCACAUCUUUUUCAGAAUUUGUCUCAAACACUCAGAGGACGUCAUCCAUGCGGAGCCACCAUGCACUUUUGGAACAGGACACACCAACGUCAUAAGCGCAGAUCAGACCUCAAUUUCCAGCAGCGCUCCUAUUAGAAUACCGUUCCAUUUUAAGUGGCCGGGAACAUUUUCGCUGAUUAUUGAAGCAUGGAACGCAGAAAUCCCUACAGAAUACACAGACAAUCAAAACAACCUGGUCAGCCGCUUGGCUACCAGAAGAAGACUGGCCAUAGGCGAGGACUGGUCUCAAGACGUCCACUUCGGAGAGCAGAGCGAGCUGCGCUACUCCUAUCACGCAUUCUGUGACGAGUACUACUUUGGCGACAGCUGCGCCGAAUACUGCAGACCCCGCGAUGACACUCUGGGCCACUACAACUGUGACGUGGAGGGAAACAAACAAUGUCUGGAGGGCUGGAAGGGCAACUACUGUUCUGAUCCCAUCUGUUCGGCAGACUGCAGCGCGAGGCAUGGCUACUGCGAGGCCCCUGGGGACUGCAAGUGCAGAAUGGGUUGGCAGGGGCCCUCAUGCACCGGGUGUGUGCGCUACCCGGGCUGCCUCCAUGGCACCUGCGUCCAGCCGUGGCAGUGUGACUGCAAGGAGGGCUGGGGCGGCCUCUUCUGCGACCAGGACCUAAACUACUGCACCAACCAUCGGCCGUGUGCCAACGGUGCCACCUGUACCAACACAGGCCAGGGCAGCUUCACCUGUAUCUGCCGCCCGGGCUACGGUGGCACCAACUGUGAGCUGGAGACCAACGAGUGUGACAGCAACCCCUGCAAGAACGGAGGCAGCUGCAAUGACCUGGAGAACGACUACUCAUGCACCUGCCCCCAGGGCUUCUAUGGGAAGAACUGUGAGAUCAUCGCCAUGACGUGUGCCGAUGGGCCCUGUUUCAAUGGAGGCACCUGCAUGGAGAUGCUGACGGGGGGCUAUUCCUGCCGUUGCCCUCCCACCUACACUGGCUCCAACUGCGAAAAGAAACUGGACCGCUGCAGCAACAGCCCCUGUCUGAAUGGUGGUGAGUGUCUAGACCUGGGUCAAAGCGUGCUGUGUCGCUGCCACUCUGGCUUUACCGGCGCCAACUGCCAGUUCAACAUCGACGACUGUGCUUCAGCGCCGUGCCAGAACGCUGGCACCUGCCAGGACGGUGUGGACGACUACACCUGCUCAUGCACGCUGGGCUACGCCGGCAAGAACUGUAGCCUGCGCUCAGAUGCCUGUGGCCGCGGUGCCAGCGCCCAGCCCUGCCAGAAUGGCGGCACUUGCUUCACCCACUUCACGGGGCCCGUGUGCCAGUGCCCGCCGGGUUUCAUGGGACCCAGCUGCGAGUUCACGCUGCAGCCCAGCUUCCAUCCUGCCCCCCGACUGACCAAUAAACCUUCCUCCACCACCCUGACAGCCUCCUGUGUCCUGGCGUUACUCGCCCUUGGCUUGGCGAUGGGCAUUGUGGUGAUGCGGCGGCGCCGGCUGACUGGCAGGAAGCAGCUGAACGACACGGCGGUGUUCAACGACCUGAAGACGGGGAUCAACCGCUUCCCCAGCGAGAGAGAGGCUUUCAUGGCGGCUAGUGGCCUGUUCAAGAUCAGCAACAGUGAUCCGCGCCUCAGCAUGGCAUCACUUGCAUCGCUUAGACCCACAGAUGACAGGACGGGCCGGGGACUUGGGGGGGAGCGCCACUCAUUCUCCCCUGGACAGGACUACCUCUGGAGGGGGGACAGCGGGGCUGGGCUGAGAUGA